AUGGCAACCAAAGAAAAAAGCGAAGUUGAAGUUAGUGAUCAUGAAGAAGCGAGUUAUGACGAUUAUGAAGAUACAUCUAUGGAGAAAAGGGUUAUCAGGAAAUUUGAUGUUUAUUUAUUACGAAACGCCAUUGUAGCAGGAUUUUCAGGAAAAUACCUACAAUCCUCAGCACUUGAAUUUAAUCUUGCCGUAUCUGCUCAUCUUUUUGGUUUUGUGCUCUUCGAAAUUCCUUCAAGUCUUUUAUCAAAAGUUUUGGGAUUUCAUGUUUGGAUUCCGAUCAUAAUGGUGUGCUGGAGUAUCACAUCUAUGUGCCAAGCAUCAGUUACCACCUCACUUCAAUUAGGCAUUGUUAGAUUCCUUUUAGGAGUGGCAGAAGCUGGGUUUUCUCCUGCCGUUAUAGAUUAUAUAUGUUUAUUUUAUGCCAGAAAAGAAUUGACUAUGAGGUAUGGCAUCUUUAUAGCUCUGUGCACUAUCGCAGGUGCAUUUACUGGUCUUCUUGCAUAUGGAAUAGUUCAAAUAAAAGGGGCCACAUUAAAAAGUUUCCAAUUGAUUUUUUUAAUCGAAGGUAUCCCAACUAUCAUUCUUGCCUUAGUUGUCGCAGUAUUUUUCACUAAGGGACCUGGGAAUGCUCGUUUUCUCACUCCCAAAGAACGUCUUUACACCAUUGAACGUCUUAGACCAGAAGGUGGUGUUGACGAAGAAGAUCGUAGUUUCAUGAAAUCUCAAGCUAAAAGCGCAUUUCUUGAUCCUAGAGUUUACGUUUAUGUAUUGGCUACAACUUUGGGAUCAAUUCCAUUUAAUGCCCUCAAUUAUUUCCUUCCAACUUUAGUGGGUCAACUUGGUUUUAGUCCUGUGGACACUCAAUUAAUGAGCGUACCACCAUACGUAAUAGCAACUGUUGUAAUGAUUAUAUUUUCUUGGUUAGCUGAUAAAUAUCAAGUUAGAGCUUUACCUAUAAUGAUUGCCGAUAUUAUUGCCAUCAUAGGAUGUGCAGGAAUGAUAGGAACAUCUGCCAAUGAUCAAAAUUUACACAAUAUACGUUACUUUUUCACAACACUUAUAGCAUGUGGUGUAUAUACACAACAAACGAUAGUUUACAGUUGGCUUACUUGCAAUAUUAUCGGUCAAUAUAAACGUAAUAUAGCGAUUGCAACAGCCCUUACUAUCGGUAAUGUUGGAGGUGUGAUUGGAAUUUUACUUUUUCAGCAAACUAUGGCUCCUGCAUUUAGUAAUGGAAUGAUAGUGGCUUUGAGUACGAUGGUUGCUCAAUUUGUUUUAGCUUUUUGGAUGAAAUUUCAUUUGGAAUAUGUGAAUAAGAAACGUGAUUUGGCCAUAUUAUCCAAUAAUAAGAUUCAAUUAACUGAAAGUGAAUUAAAAGAUACUAAGUUUAUUAAGGAAAAAGCUGCAAGAUUAGUGGAACAUGAACCAAAAUUCGAUGAUAUUUUGUGUGAUUCACAUCCUAAUUGGAGAUAUAUUGUCUAA